UUAUUACGGUAACACUGGGAGUGACGCUGUGCCUUAGCGACACAAUGAAGUAGCGGUGUAAAUAACGCCUGCAGAUGAAACAGCAUUAUUUAGUUUCUUGUAGAAUUAGAAAUUGCUGAAUUUAAAUGGUUGUGGUGUUUCGGUUCCGACUCGUUAAGCGGUGAACAUCUUUGAAGUAACUCGCUAAAUUGUUUAGUGGUUGCUUAGUGAGACUGAAACCUCUCAGCUAGCUAACCUCCUUCAGCCUUGCACUGUAGUAGUAUAUUACAGCUAUCAGCAAGUCUGCGCCAUGGAGUUUCCUUUUGACAUUAAUCAGUUAUUCUCUGAGAGGAUCUCCAUUCUGGACCAGAAUCUUAUUGCAAGUCGCCAAUCUAAAGAAAAGCCAGAUCUUCGGGUCAAAAUUGCAACAGUUCUUGAUGAACUUGGGAAAGCCUCAGCAAAGGCACAAGACCUCCCAGCUCCUAUAACAAGUGCUUCCAAACUGCAGUUCCAGAAGCAUCAGCUGUACCUGAUGAAGGAUGGAGAGAGCAGCCGAGGACGAGGUGUGGUUGUAGGAUUUCUGAAGGUUGGCUACAAGAAAUUAUUUCUGCUUGAUCGAAAUGGUGUGCACAUCGAAGUAGAGCCACUCUGUGUUUUGGAUUUCUACAUUGCAGAGAACUUACAGCGACAUGGCUAUGGGCUAGAACUAUUCAAUUUUAUGUUACAGCAUCAGAACGUGGAGCCAGUGUUGUUGGCAUAUGACAGACCUUCCACCAAAUUGCUGGCAUUCCUGGCUAGGCAUUACAAUCUGAGGCAGAGCGUUCCUCAGGUCAAUAACUUUGUUGCCUUUGAGGACUUCUUCCACAAAAGAGCAGUGUCCCAGUUGAGAAGAGUAAAAAAGUCUGAUGGAGAUAUUAAGCCUUAUUCUUUAAUGGAAAGAGAAGCGGUACGCCAAGAGCAGAGGACACUUCCUUGGCCAUUUGCUGCUCCUCUGUCCCCUCACCGCUCAGUAUCUUCACAGUGCUCCCAGUCUCCCAGUGCAGGCUCCUCUCCCAGGAGAGUGCUUCCAUGUGUCACACAUCCAGCGUUUGCUGGAGACAGCAGGGAGCAGAGCCCACAUUCACCUCUGAUGGACUGCUGCAGGACAAGACGUAGCAAUAGCGAAAAGGGUUUAGUUGCCAGAUCCAGUUUGUACAGUCGACACAUGGACAUCAGACAUGCUGGACUGUUGGACAGAAACUCAGGUCGGACAUCAAUGGGAGAUGAGACAUGUGCACUAGGCUGGAAAAAUGGACACAGAGCCCAGCCUGGCCUGGCAGCCCUGCUUGGACCUCAGAGUGAUGAUGUUUACAGCCUGACUACCACAGAUGGCACAAAGAAGCACCUGGAUUCAGCCACUGAGGCCCAUGCAACUUCAGAGGAGACCAAAAUGUUGGACAAUAAACAGAGCUCACCUGAAGGCAACCGCAAACCUCUGGAGAAAGAUAAUACCUACCUGCCCAUGACCAGUCAGCCAGACUGGUCACGGGCAGUGGGAGGAAACUACUCCACUGCGCAGUGGGUCAAGCAGAAUCAGGUUUACAGAAGCACCCGCCCUUGGUGAUCAGGAGCAUCUAACAUGGAUGACCAAGAUAAACACAGUAGCCACACAUGGAUUAGCCGGACUGAGAUAUUAAAUCAAGCAGAAUGUUCCAAAUCAAUGUUUCUGAGUUUGUUGUUGACUGUGGAGUGCAGUUCUGAAUCUGUGAUAACUGAAAAGUCACAUUUCCAUGAUACUGUACUGUAACAGUUUUACUUUACAUUCAGUUUCAGUGAAGCCAAAAUACUUGAGUCAUUUGUUGUUAUUGGAAUGCCACAGUUUCCAGUAACCUGACAUCGAGAGGAAAAAUCCACUAAAUCCACUGGUCAGUCUGGUGCCACGUUAGGGCUCCAUGGUAGCACACUUAGUAGCCCUGUUGUUUAGCAGCAAGAAAGUCCUCAGUUCAAAUCCCUGCGGUUCUUUCUGCAUGGACUUUGCAUGUUCUCCUCUUACAUGUGUGAGUUCUCUCCGGGUACCCCAGCUUCCUCUCACAGUUCGCAAACAGGACCAGAAUGCUGGAAUAGAAAACUCUUUAUUGAAUUCGUGUGUACCAGCAGCAAGCUAAAGGUAAGUAGAAGUGUGCCAAUUCAAACUAAGGCUAGAAAGUUAUAAUUUUUUCUUAUUAAUUUAUGAAUUACACGAACUGCUGCUUCUAAAUUCUCCUUAAUUGUGAAUUUGUGCGUGUAUGAUUAUAUGCCUGUGAUGUGGUCAGAGUAGCACCAGUCUGUCAGAUUGCCCAGGGCAGCUGUGGCUACUAUGUAGCUAACCAUCAUCAGUGUGUGAAUGUGUGUAUUAAUUGGUGAAUGACUGACUCCAGUGUGAAGUCCUUUGGAAUUAUCAGACUUUACCAUUUACCUCGCCUAAUGCCCAGUGACCCAUAGGUGUAAAUCCCGGGGGGAGGGGGUCCUGACCAUAGACAUCAAUACGUAGACCCCUCAUGGAGCGCUGAGUCGAACGUAAAAGCGUCCGCCAUCAUCUAUGUGGCAGCAGGGCGAUCGGAGCUCCUUAAGUUCUGUGCUAUGUGGACUUAUUUCAACCGUUUUACGAAACAAACUGGAAUCAUUAGGAUUACCUUCCCCAGGUAAGGAUGAAAGAUCAGAAUUACUUGACUUUGCAGCCAGAAAUUCGCUUCUAAACAACCGGAAAAUAUUUCCUAUGAGGUAGGAUCUACGCCCUUGCCCUGACCUCUGGAUGGUACCUCAUCAGCUACUGUUAAAGUAAACAGCUUUCUCCAAUGCUUUGGAGUCAAUGAGUCAGGUAUAGUUGGCAAGUCAUUAAUGGGGUUAUUAGUGUGGAUUUGUUUCCCAGUUCUUUACGUUAUUCAAAACCACAAUAUUUGCAUUGUUAGGUUUAUUCAGUUGGUGGAUUAUUUGUAAAUAACUAACAAAAAGUUGUCAUGUUGAUACAAGUGGUAACCAUCUUACCAUCUUAACAAAAUCUGCUGAAGGAUAAAAAAUUAACCCUUUAACUGCACUGUUCCAGUAAAGAUUGAGGAAGAGUCUGAUGAUGAUAAUGAACCAAGCCAAACCUGUAUCUAUCGGCAACACGUCAUCAUGACAACCAUCCUUUGUGUUCUGGGUGAACUCACCCUGUAACUUGACUUUCUGAGUAUGAGGAACUGCUGCUUAUCUCCUGUCAACAUCUGGGUGUUUAUACUUGCAGCACUCUGCUGAUGCAUUUCUUUAUGUUGACUCAUUCUGCUGGGGUUGUUGAACUUCUGACCUGUCCAAACAAAUUUUUUUUAAAAUAAAAGCCACUACGAUGCACAUUAGCAUACGUCA